GCUAGAACGUGCGCCAACAAGCCUCGUCGGAUUCGAGCUAGGGGUUUGAGGUGUCCUUGCAUUGCUUGUAAUUUCUUUAACUUGGAAAUUCAAGUUUCCGGGACUUCUAGGCGCAUCUUACCAAUAGAAUCGAGCAUAUUGGGGUGACAGAAGCAGGGGUGAUAUGCCACUAAGAACAUACUGGCGAUGUCACUAGACAUUAUGCGAUAUAAAUGACGGAGCGGGACAUCGUCGAUGUCAAGGGGCAUAGAAGUCCGUGGUCUUGACGCUUGCCGCACCAGGAAUCGUGAUCUGACCUUAUAUGAGAUCUAUGUGCCGGUAGACCUCAGCCCAGAGGACCAAUAGUGUGUUAUCACUCUACCAUACACUCGUUUUAUAGCAAAGAUGCGUAGCCACAUGGGACUGUCGCUAUUAUGUAGCUUCUUGCUACUGGCUUCUGGCAUGGCGCAGACCGCUUCAUCUACAUCGGAUGUAGGUCCGACAGGAACAUCAACCGAUGCAACUGCGUCGCAAACGCAAGCGACAUCGACGGACACGAUAACAGGCACAGGGAGCGACACCAGCACGGUCUCGUCUUCGUCAGGAACUUCGACGGGGGGAAGUAGCGGAAGUGGAACGACGACGGGUGCACCUUCAUACGGUUCCAAUCCUCCAGACGUGAACCUGAAGGUCCCGGAAUUACACGUUGGCAGAAUUGAACUCGACGUGGAUAACCUGAACGCGGAAAUCAACCUAGCUGCGCAAAUAGCGAACCUCGUCGAAAUUAACGCUGGUGUUCAGGUGGGCGUCACAAAAGUCAACAUCACAAUUGCUGAUGUAGAUGCCAAUCUUGAUCUUGUCAUCCGACUCGGCAAUUUAGUCGACAUUGUGAACCGUACUCUCGAGUCGCUUAAUCUCAACCCGCUGCUUAUUAAUGUUCUCAACGAAGUGACCGAUCUCGUGGAUGUCGUGGUUGGUGCGGUGGACGGGCUGCUCGGAUCGAUCGUUAACGGAGAUUCUAAGAUCAACUUCCUCAUUGACAAUCUCGGAAAUAUCGUGCAAGAAGUCGAGGGCGCAGCCGGCACUUUGUUGAGCUCAAUCGUAGGCAACUACGAGCAAAACAUGACGUAUACGGGAGCGCAGGAAAUAUUGGAUGGUGGGCUUAUACAGAAAACGUUCAAGUACGACGCUCUUAACGCCCUUGUUAAUAUCAUAUUCAAUUCGGUGGGACAAGUCGUUCAGGCCGUUGUGGUGAAGGGCGGUGGAGACGGAGGAAGUACUACAUCGUCAACUGUUGCAGCAACAUCAACCCCAGCAGCUAGGAGAUAAUGAAG